AUGACGGAAUUUCUGUGGAAUGAUUUGAACCUGUGGAAUAACCCUGUGACUACUAUUCAUCUGGAGUAUUGUCCACCUCAUUGCCAGUGUGAGUGGGAAAUACACAGUGUGUCGUGCUUUGGAGUUGAGGUUGUGCCUGUUUUCCAUUCCAGCACAAAAGAAGUAUGGCUUCUGGGGACAAAAAUGUAUUCCAUUUCUGAGAAUGCCUUUGCAAACUUGGCCAAUAUUUCUCAAAUAUACAUAUCUGAUGACAGUACAUUAAGAUAUCUUGAAAGGCAUUCUUUCUACAACCUGUCCAGGGUCACACACAUACAACUAAAUGGCAUCAAAACACUGUCAUAUAUUGAUCAAGACGCUUUUAAGAAUCUGCCUAAUUUAAAAUAUCUUGGGAUCACAAACACAGGUCUCACCACCUUUCCUGAGCUACAGCAUAUUCACUCCAGCCAAGAACAUUUUAUAUUGGAGAUGGUGGAGAAUGUUUUUAUCCAAGUCAUACCUGCUAAUUCCUUUACUGGAAUAUCUCUGAAUACUUUGACUAUUGUGCUGAAUAGCAAUGGUGUGAAAGAGAUCCAGGACUAUGCUUUCAAUGGAACCAAACUGGAGGAAGUGUAUCUUGAUAGGAAUUUGGAUUUAGAACAAAUAGAGGAAUUUGCAUUUUAUGGUGUGAUUCAAGGCCCAACUCACCUAGAUCUUUCAGAUACCAAAGUACACUCUUUACCAUCAAUAGGUAUGAAGAACAUUGAAAAGCUCCAAGCUAAAAACACAUGGGCCUUAAAAAUGCUGCCCUCCUUUAGAGCUUUUGUUCACUUACAAAGCGCUGAAUUGACCUUCCCAAGCCAUUGCUGUGGUCUUAAAAUGCUGAAAAGAGGGCAAGGACACUCUGAGGCAGUUAUCUGCAACCUGACAUGGGCUACUUCAGGGAAGCUGCAGCUGUCAUCUGCAACGCUCUCUCAGAGGUAUCUGGAGUACAACAUCUCACAACAUCUGAAAUCUGAAAAGUUUGGUAUUCCAACUCAUGGCAGUGCAAAUAGCAAUCGCAACAGCCUGAUUUGCCCAACCAAGAAGUCUCAGGAUGAUACUUUGUUCUAUGUAAAAACAUAUUCAGAGCAUCUUAGUGAAGUUUUUGACUCUUCGCUGUGUAAUGAACUUGACGCAGAUGAUGGACCCUCAUGCACCCCCCUGCCUGAUGCUUUGAACCCCUGUGAAGAUGUGAUGAGUAAAGACAUCCUGAGGAUAUUGGUCUGGGUCAUCAGUUUAUUUGCCAUUUCAGCAAACCUAUUGGUGCUCGUCAUCCUGUUGACCAGUCGACAGAAAAUGUCUGUUACCCGUUUUCUUAUAGGUCACCUGGCAUUUGCAGAUUGCUGUAUGGGGUUCUACUUGCUGGUCAUUGCAUUUGUGGAUUUCUACACACGCUCCAAUUAUCAUCACUAUGCGAUUACCUGGCAAACAGGAAGUGGCUGCAAUAUAGUGGGAACAUUAUCUGUGUUUGCAAGUGAGUUAUCUGUGUUCACAUUAACUUUAAUCAGUCUUCAGCGCUGGAAUGCCAUCUUCUCAGCUAUCAGGCCAGACAGAAAAAUGAGGUUGCGUCAUGCAUCUGUGCUAAUGCUUGUCGGCUGGUUGUUGUGUGUGUUUCUUGCACUGCUGCCAGUACUUGGUGUGAGCAGUUACCAGAAAGUAAGCAUCUGCUUACCUAUGGACACUGGGACAACUGCUGCACGGACCUACAUUAUUUCUGUCUUGAUUGUUAAUGUCACUGCUUUUAUGGUAGUAUGCUUAUGUUACAUCCACAUCUACUUUAUGGUACACAAUCCCAAUCAUAACUCCAGCAGAUAUGACACGAGCAUGGCCAAACGCAUGGCUGUUAUUAUUUUUACCAACUUUUUAUGUCUGGCUCCCAUUUGUUUCUACGGCCUGUCUGCAGCUUUCCACCACCCGAUGAUAACUGUCACAGAUUCCAAGGUGCUGCUGGUUCUUUUCUAUCCUCUCAACUCUUGCACCAACCCAUUUUUUUAUGCUAUCUUGACAAAGGCAUUUCACAGAGACAUCCUGAUGAUGCUGAGUCAGAUGGGUCUUUGUCAACGGCAAGCACACCUCUAUCGAAGCCAACUAGUCAGUAUUACUCCCUACAUAUAA